CCUCCCCACUGCGAAUCCGCCCCAAACUCCAAAAGCUCUGCGCUUUCUGCCCCCUCCUCUCUCUCCCCCAGAUCCCAUUCAUGGAGGCCACCGCGGCUUGCCUCCGGGUCUGAGCCCGUCCAGCUACCACGGGAUCCUCUUCUGACGCUUCCGCUCCGCUGUCCGACGGCCGCACGGUUCUUUGCCGUCCAAGAUUCACUGAUCAGUUUCUUGAGGUCGGUAUAGUGGGUGGCUGGUAGUUGUCCGUGGCCCUGCCAUGGAUUGUUGAAACGGGUCUUUGAUGCCAGCGGUGGGCACCCGCACUCUGCUGCUGCCGCCGCCGCCAUGUGGAAGCAGUUUCUUGGCAAGAUCUCACAGAAGUCGCCCAAAUCUGGCAGCGGCGGCCGAGGCUCGCUGCCGCAGAAGUGCCCGCCGUCGUGUGGAACCAAUGGGGCUGAAGCGGAGCUGAGAGCGUCGCCUCCGCCGCAGGCGUCGGCCGGCGCCGCGGUGCCUGGGUCGGAGACCAGGGAGGACGUGUUCCUCCGCAAGCUCAACAUCUGCUGCGUGGUGUUCGACUUCGCCGCCGAGCGGGGGAGGGACUCGCCGGAGGUGGAGAGGAAGCGGCAGGUGCUCGUGUCCCUCGUCGACUGCGUCUCCGUGGCCGAGGAGCCACUCACGGAGGCAAUGAUCUCGGCCUGCGUCCGCAUGUUCGCCAUCAACCUCUUCAGGGUCUUCCCGCCCAAGCUACACUCCGGCGGCGCCAUUGAUGAGGACGAGCCAUUCUUUGACCCCUCCUGGUACCACCUGCAGGUCGUGUACGAGCUGCUGCUCCGGUUUGUGAUGUCACCGGUUGUCGAUGUGAAGGUAGCUAGGAAGUACAUGGACAACUCAUUCAUCUCUAGGCUUCUGGACCUGUUCGAUUCUGAUGACCCUAGGGAGAGGGAUUGUUUGAAGACAGUCUUGCACAGGAUAUAUGGAAAAUUCAUGGGCAAUAGGCCGUUUAUCCGCAAGGCAGUGAGCAACAUCUUCUACAGGUUUGUGUUUGAGACGGAUCAUUACAAUGGGAUUGCUGAGCUGUUGGAGGUGUUUGGGAGUGUGAUUAGUGGUUUCGCAAAGCCGCUGAAGGAGGAGCAUAAGUUGUUUCUGUGGAAGGCGUUGAUUCCACUUCACAAGCCAAAGACAGUUGGAGUGUAUUUGCCACAGUUGACAUACUGCAUUACACAGUUUAUUGAGAAGGAACCAAAGCUCACAGGGACUGUUAUUAGAGGCCUCCUGAAGUACUGGCCGGUGACGAACAGUCAGAAGGAGAUGAUGUUCUUGGGAGAGUUGGAGGAGGUGCUGGAGUUGACAGAAAUGGCUGAUUUCCAGAAGUGUGUCGUUCCCUUGUUUUGCAGGAUUGCGCAAUGCCUGAAUAGCUCUCAUUUUCAGGUUGCUGAAAGGGCCUUAUUCCUGUGGAAUAAUAAACAUUUGUUUGACCUGAUUUCCCAAAACCGACAAGUUAUCCUGCCAAUCAUAUAUCCUGCUCUGGAAAGGAACGCUCGUUGGCACUGGAAUCAAUCAGUUCUAAAUGUAACAAUGAAUGUGAGGAAAAUGUUCUUUGACAUGGACGAGAGAUUGCUUCUGGCUUGUGAGGCCAAUUUCCAAGAGGAGGAAAAGAGGCGAGCUGCAUCUGAGGAACGAAGAAGGCUUGUAUGGGAGCGCCUCGAGAGGAAUGCCACAUUUCAAUCAGUAACCGGAGACAUAGGCUUUGCAGUUCCUCCUACAUCUGCUCCUCUGGUCGCUCCCGCUAUGACAUGAUUACUCAUGGACUCAAGAUGUAAUUCAUAAUUCGUUCUGCUUGCUCGUUAGCUAGCAAUAGAUAUUUGGUGUUGCGCAAGGAAUUUUGUUGCCUUUGUAGGCCCCUUGUGCCAAAGUCUGUAAUUAAUAGUUGCUGGUUUGACAACAAAUGCUUGAUCCUUUGGUGUACUCUCGAAGUUAUGGACAUAUCUGUCUGUCUCAAGAUAAUGUCCCUACUUGACUGGUGGGGGUGUGAAAGUGGUUUAUUAUCUUGGCAAAAUUGAGUGGAUUCUGAUGGAUCUACUAAAAUGUCAGAGUUGAUGGAAGAGCAUGCAAUGAGGUAAGUUCAUAGAACUUUUCAUGAUAACUCAAAUCACAUUAUUUCAUGCUUCUACUUAUCAAGGCAAAAUCCGAAAUGCAUCAGAAAUCAGGAUUUGGCUACAAUAAUUCGUAGAUGUUUGUGGCAUUGUAAAUCCAUUCAAUUCAUGGCAUGGACCACCCUGUCUAACUGAUACUUUAGCUCUGCUUUGCCCACGGCUGCUGAUCCUAGGAAAUCCCUAUGUUAUUUUUACAUCCAAGUACAUUAAACAAAGAUAAUGGAAGCCAACUUGGUAAAUAGCAGACCUUGUGUUGCCGUACAAAAUUUGGGGCCUAGCAAACUAGGCUAACAAAAUAUCACUCCCUCCGUCCCAAAUUAUUAGUUGUUUUGGCUUUUCUAGAUUCAUAGCUUUUGCUAUGUACCACUUCCACUUGUUGUUUCACAAAAAUAAAAAAACUCCUGAUGUAAUUUCAGGUUGAUACAGACUAGUUCAUCUAUAAUAUAGACUCCUUGGCUUAAGAUUCAUAAACUUUUCUAGAAGAUGUGUACUGAAGCAAGUUCCACAUCAUGCCACCUUUGCUAUGAGCAUGAGUUUUUUUUUCCUCCUUUGUAAUCGUGGAUCAAUGGAUGUUGCACUCACAAUGAUGGCAAUUUAUCUGUGAAUGCUAGAGGGGCCUAACUUCACAAAAAAAAGAUUCAUAAAAUCAUUUUCCAUCAAGCUAUGAACCUAAAGCCUAGUGAAGAUUUUCAGCCAGAUGGAUAAUCCUGAGGAAAAAGCUGUUCCUCCUUGCAUCACAGAGUUGCUUUGUCCAUCAAAUUCUGAUGUGACCUGUCUGGAAUUUUAGGCUUAAUACUUAAUAGUUGGUACUUGAAUUCAAGUAUUUUCAAAUUCCAAUCCUAAACAAUGUAUUUCAAGCAUCCAAAAGACUGAAAUUCUGAAUCCCUACAUAAGUAUACUGAUAACUGGUUACAGUAGGUAAACAUCAGUGCUACUUUUGAUAUUCUACAGUCACAAUUCAUAUCAUAUUUUUUUUGCUUAUAAAAAUGACAAACGCAAUUUGAGGAAUAUAAGAUAUUAGCACAAUACUGCUUCCGUCGUUAAAUUUUCUGUACCAGACAGGGCACUCGGAAGGUGCCUGGAACCGCCGACACGUUGCAAGUUGGCUAGCUGAAUGCCCUAUAAAGAAGGCUUCAUAUCCACACAUAUGACUAACACACCCUAUAUACAGCUCUCUGCUUUGUUCAGAGCCCCUUUCCUUUACUCCUUGCAUAUUUUAGAUACUUGGACAGUGAGCUCCGUCAGGCAAACACGAUGUAUAACCCUCCCAGUGCACAGGAGAUGUCCUACUACGAUCAUGUUCAGAAGCGCCAUGAGGAGAAGGGCUGCCUAUAUGCAUGAACACCUGCUUAGGUAUCUGCCUGUAAAGUUUUUUCAAAAGAGAACCAUGUAUGGUUUGAGCAUCCAGAACAAAUGAGCAGAACAUUAACUGGGAAGAUAUUCCUUGCACAAACCUGUUAUGGAAGCCUGUUCACUUUGUGCUGCUGCUUCUGCUGCUACGAGACUUGCGAGUGCUGCCUCGAGACCAUCUGCUGCUGCUGCUAGUCCAGCUCGAGGAGACACAUCAUGGAGGUGUGGCCAAACGGGACACUCAGCGCUGUCCCACACACACAUGGGCCAUGUACCAUUGUUAUCAAUAAAAUGUUGUGCUUAUGCAAGUAUGUUGAAAACGUAUUAAUGCCUGUGUGAUGUCAUGUUCGUGUGUCGGGUGUGCGUGCAUAUUUGCACUGUUUUGUAAAACUCUUUAAAUCUGCUGUAUCUUGCUCAGAUGAAUGCAUUUUAUUGUGAUCCUGCUGUAUCAAA